CCAAGGUAUCACGUUUUUUCCAUGCUAUCUACUUUCUCAGCCCUUAUUCCAAAACUCACACUGACACGUGGCACUCACAGGCUCGUCCGUAUUCCUACUUCUCCUCCUCCUCUUCUCCCUCUGCUCUCUCCCGUGUCCACCCGCUGAUGCUAUGGAUGCUCUCUUUCAAGUCCAAACCUCGGCACCAUCAACCAUGGCGAAGCGCCCGUGCCCAUCCCAAAACCCUAGAGUACCGACCUUCACUCAGAUGGACCUUCUUCUCGAUGCCUUUUUGGGCCUUUCCGACUCCCCUUCCAUCUGUAUCGACUUCUCAUUCGAGAGGCUUCUCGACUCCUUGCCAUCUGACUUGGAUCAGUCUCGCCUCAUCGAUCGCGCUCUUAAAAUGGGCAACUUCUUGCUCGAGGCUAGCAAACGCUCUGCUCGGAAACGAGCUACCAAGCAUAACUCAGUCGUUUGGGCUCUUCCUCCUGACCUCACCAUCAAAGUUUUUUCCAUGCUUGACGCACAGAGUCUUUGCUAUGCAACAGCUACUUGUUCAAUGUUUCACAAGUGUGCAAUGGAUCCUUCCUGCUAUGCCAACAUUGACUUAACAACAGUUUCUCCAAGAGUUAAUAAUGCAGUGGUUUCUACAAUGAUCCAUCGAGCUGGAAACUCUCUUCAAUCUCUUAAGCUUGGUAUAGUUCCAGGCCCAACUGCAUCCCUAGGAUCUUGCCAACCGUUGGUUUACAAUGUUACUAGUUUUUCAUGGAAUGACAAAAGAUCCAGACAAGGGAAGGAGUCAUCAGUUCUCACAAGAUCCUGCUUAAGCCCUUUGGGUGGUGCCAGUACUCCUGGGAUGCUCUUGAGAACGUUGCAUCUUUACAAUAUUGAAAGAAUGGAUAAUCCAUCACUCCGUGGUGCAUUUUCUGCUUGCCCGUCUCUCCUUGAUCUGGAAAUUGUGGGCCUUCAUGUGGAGUUGAGACAGACAUUGACAUCUGUGAUUGAAAACUGUCAAUUUAUAGAGCGUUUGUUCUUUGAAUCCUCAAAAACAGGUAGAGAUGAUAGCUUGAAAUCACCGACAUGUGUUGAUCUAGUUCAAAAAUGUCCUCGUAUAGUGUCUUUAGCCCUUAGAGGAUUUAAACUCCAUGAUUAUAAAGUUCGCAUUCUUCUUAAGGGACUUCGGAAGCUAAAAUAUGUUGAUUUUUCAACGUCUUACUCAAUUACUGGAAGCUUUCUUAGAAACCUUGGCAACAGUAUAGGUGGUAAUUUAUUGGAGGUCUUAAUUUUAAGAGAUUGUAUGCAUCUCAAAGAGGUGGAAGUUGCUCGUUUCAUGACAUCAUUACUUGCUGGAGAUUUCAAGUUUCUUCGACAUCUUGAUAUAUCCAAUAGGGAAGGAUUGGCAUCUGAGGGUGAUUGGUAUGAGAGAUGCUACAAUUCAAGGAUCAUUCCAAUUGAGCAAGUAAUAAAGGAAAGGCCUGAUGUAUGCUUGCUGGCUGAUUUUCCAUCAGAAGGGAGUUACUUCGAAAUUGAACAGAUGCUGGAAAGCGAAAUAAACAGUGAUAUUAGCCUGCCGUCACAGCUGAGCAAUCAAACAUCUGAUUCGAUGUUUAUAAGUUCUUCAGAAAGCAGCUAUAAUAGUGAUCAAGGUAGUGGCAAUGAGGAUGGCCGAGAUGCCAGCUAUGUAAUAUUUGAGGAGAGCUCAGACGAGGUGGAUUUUCUUGCCCUGUAGGAGGAGAAGUUUUAAGCAAGCGCUGGUAAUCGCAGCAACCAAAUGAAUUCGGGAGGAGCCUUCACGCAUUACAAUCUGUGAUUGGUGCUUGGAUUUUUACAGAGAUUAGAAAAAUUGGAACCAGUAGCCUGAUUGACUUGACAUCCCCAUUUAUUUACUUCCUGAGAUACAUCCAAAAGCUAUAUCCAGGUACCCUCCUUCCUUUCAACCCUUUCUCUAGAAGAGGAAUUACAAGAAUAAGAGGAGAGGAGAAGAUGGGAGAUUUGGUACCCUAUCCCUUUCCCUUGUUAUUAUAUCGUAGAUGAUCGAUCGCGAUCACGUAUCGUCGAUGUCUUGAUGAUGUUAAUCUGGCACGAAUGUAAAUUUUGUUAUAGCUUUUGUAGCGUUUGUACGCCGAUCCCACGCAAUAGGAGUUGUUGGAAGUUACUCUUCUAAUUGAUAACAUUUUGUAUGCAUCAGCAGCAAUUCAAAUUGUGGCAUUGCUCUCCUUUCUUGUAUCCUUUGGUGGUUUAAUGAAAGAGCAAAUCAAAUCUUGGUAA